AUGGCUGACUUUGCUACAAUCAAUGCGAGUUUUCAGAAUAUGCCGAUUGAGCAGUUGAGUGUGUUGAGGCAGAGGACUGAUGGAGAGAUCGAAUUCAUGACUACUUCAAUUGCCACUUUGAGGAAAGCUUUGGUUGCUUUUGAACACGUUAAAGUCGCAGCAACGAAAGUAAAGGAAUCUCAAGAUGGCCAGGAUUGUUUAGUUCCGGUUGGAAGCACGGUAAGUUAAUUUUGUACUUUUUUGUCUAAAGGUUUAGAUAACUAAGUUUUAACUGUUAAAUUCACGUAUGGUUAGUUAAGUAUGAAGUAUAUAACGAUUAAUAAAACCGUAACCUUGUAUUUUUAGCUGUACGUCAAAGGAAAACUGGAAGAUCCAGACAAGGUGUUAGUGGAUGUUGGAGCUGGCUAUUUUAUAGAAAUGUCAGCUGAUCGAGCUAUCGAUCACUAUCAACGGAAGGUGGACAAGAUUAGAGGAGAAGUUGAUGGUCUCAAAUCUAUUGUGCAACAGAAGUCGGCGAUACGAGAAAUAGUGAUGCAGGCGAUUCAGAAGAAAGUUCAGACAAUGACAGCGAAGCCUCCAGCUACAUCUUGA